UGUCAACCUUGUGGCUUCAUUAAUUUAAAGUCGGGCAUUUCAUGUCUGUUAUGUAAAAAAACAAUCUUAAAAAGGUUAAUUUCACUUCUCUGGGCGAUUUGUUUUAUGCUUUCCCUCCUUUUUCCGAUUAUGGUAAUUCAGUUGUCCACCUAAAAAACUUAUACUCUAUGCCAGUAGUUCAGACAAGCAUUUUAUGACCUUUCUUUUGUCGUCCGUGAGGUCGUAAUUUGAUAUUGUGCACCAUCCCUCUAUUGGUCCCACAAUAUGUUAUGUUAUAUAUGUAUUUAGAGCUUUGUCUCCUUUUGCUUACAAACUGUUUUAUGUAGGUUUGGGCCAUACUUUUGCCAGACAAUUAUUGCCGGGCUAGGAGAAAAUGAUCAGCCAUUUAUAUGUACCAUGGAUUUGUAUUGGUGCCAAAACGCCCAGGAGCUAGAGAAGGAGGCGAAGGCCCAGGAGCUGCAGAGCUCGUGAGCGCCAGCGGCAGAGAGGCGUUUCUCCGGCCGGCCGAGCUUGAUCUCAUUGGCAUGGUCGGUGUGGAGGCGCCUCUGGCUGCUGUGCCGGCCGGCGUGUCACUGUCGGCGCAGGCCGGGCAGGAGCCGCGGCAGCUGUUCUGGUGCCACUACUGCCGGCGCCAGUUCUACAGCUCGCAGGCGCUCGGUGGGCACCAGAACGCGCACAAGCGUGAGCGCACGCUCGCAACGCGCCACGCCGGCGUGCCGCUGGCACUGCAAUGGGACGACCGCGCGUUCGCCAUCCACGGCGAGGCGGCACCGAACAACCUUCCAAGGUGGUUGCGUGCAUCGAACGUCUGCAGGACGACGGCGGCGGUGGCCGGCAAGGACGAAGGGGAGCGGCGCUGGAUUGGUGGCCGAAGUGUUGCGCACUGUGGUGAUGGAGAUCAGGAGCUACCAAAGCUUGACUUGAUGCUGAAGCUGUAACCGCGGUCCGUAGGUACGCAUGGAGGCAUACGCGUGUGUACUGUGUAGUUAGUUUUCGUUGCUAAAAGGAUGACAUGUGCAAGAAUAAGCAACUCGUGAGGAGUAUAUAUAAUAUGCUAGAACACUUAUGAGGUCUUCGCAAUACUGCAAUAUUUGCUACUUCCGUCGAUCCAUAAUGAAAUACUACAGGUUUUUCACAACAACUUACAGAAGUCUAGAUAUUCUAUGGGUUUUCUA